UAAAACAUGUAUUUAUAGGUUUGUUCCUCCUCCUGGCUUCUACAUAACAAAACCUGUUUUACACACAUAUACUGUACUCUGUUUUUCUCUGCUUCUCUACACUAAGCGAGUUACAAAGGGAUAGACUGAUACGAAGUCGUUUUGUUCCACAAAAGUUUCUGUGAUGGCUAACGUUGUGGAGCUGAAAGUAAAUUUGCAUUGCGACGAAUGUAUCAGGAAAAUACUUAAAGCCAUUAAGAAAAUAGAAGAUAUAGAGACAUACGAUGUGGACACACAGCUCAACAAAGUGAUAGUCACUGGGAACGUAACUGAGGAACAAGUCAUUAGGGUUCUUCAAAAGGUGAGGAAAGCUGCUGUUAAGUGGGACGAAGACAACCAGACCCUCUUCACGAACUAGAGUCUUCUUGCUUUCCUUAGAGCUGUACUGCCCCUUAGCCAUAGUUCGCUCUAUAUCUAUGUAUGCUCAGUUUUGGCCACGAUUCCUACGCAUUAGUUGAGGAUUUGAUUACAUAGCACUUCCAUCGGUUUCAUAUGUAUGAUAAAAUAAAUGCGAUCUAUACAAAAUCGUCUUCCACCA